CUGGCAAAUACAAAAAAUACUCUGUUAUCCAUUUCUUUCAUUUCUUUAAACCUCUUCUCCCCACAACCACUUCAGACUCAAUACCCAAAAACCCUCGCCGAUUAAUUUCUCGUAUAAGAAAAUCAUGGGCGAUGGCAAGCAGGGAGGUACGAUGGUGGAAAUACCGAAAUUUGCCGGCGGUUUAAUGGGGCAGUCUGAGCAGAACCCAAUCGCGGUGGUGCAGGCCAAAUUCAAGGAGGUGGAGCAUAAAUUCAAGGGGUGGCUGGCCAAGCAGUCUUUGCCGGUGGAGGCCGCCGUUGUCACCGCCACCAGCGCCGCUCAGGGCGCCGCAAUUGGCGCUUUCAUGGGGACGCUCACAGGUGACACUUCCUCGUUGAUUACUCCGCCGCCAAACGCCGCAGGUCUCAACCCGGAAGCUAUGGCUUCCCUUAAACAAGCUCAGGCUUUUACCGGAGGUCCUCUUGUGCAAGCGCGUAACAUUGCUGUUAUGACAGGUGUCAAUGCCGGCAUUUCAUGUGUCAUGAGAAGAUUGAGAGGCAAAGAGGAUGUUCAAUCUAGUAUGGUUGCAGCUUUUGGUUCUGGAGCCAUUUUUACAUUAGUAAGCGGCAUGGGUGGACCGAAUCAGGCAGCAAAUGCCCUUACAUCUGGUCUUUUCUUUGCUCUUGUUCAAGGCGGAAUUUUUCAGUUGGGGCAGAAGUUUUCACAACCACCCGUUGAAGAUGUGUACUACGCGAAAACAAGAUCCAUGUUGAGCAACCUUGGCCUGCAAAACUAUGAGAAGAAUUUCAAGAAAGGCUUGUUAAACGACAUCACUUUGCCUUUGCUAACUGAUAGUGCUCUCAAGGAUGCGAAUAUACCUCCUGGACCAAGGCUGCUUAUUCUCGCUCAUGUAGACAGCAACCCGGAGCUGAAAGAAAGACGAAGAGGGUCCCGCUGAAGUAUUUCCGAAGAAUUAAAAACUUGCCCAGUCUCUCUUCUUCCAUAUGAAGGAAACAACAACAAAUUUUUUUUUUAGUAAUACAAACUUGUACCUAAAUCCAAGAAUUGGGAAAAUAUGUUAUUUUGAUUCGUGAUUUUAUUUAUUACGUCAUCAUGCAUCUCAUUCAAUUGGUAAUUGCAAUAUUUACUGGUGGUGGUUUAGGGCCUGAGGCUAUAUAUCUAUGCAAUUGCAAUAUGUAUUAUGAUGAAUGAACUCUUCAACUUGUUCUU